AUGACAAGGAGCAGAGACGGCAUCAGGAGCAGUGAACCAGACUCGGACGUUCAAUCGGACGAUGAACACACAAACAUCACGAAUGCCUUUGUUUUCAUGAGCACGUGCAUGAUGUAUAGCUCCAGGAAUCCUGAAAUGAACACCACGAGGAGGACUACCGCCGAGAAAAAUUAUGACGAGUUCCAGGAGCUCUCUGUGCUAUCUGUUCGCAAAGGUGCGGGGUUUUCUGACCAGCAUUUCAAUCUGAACAAGGAAGAGGCUGAUGAGGAUGGAGAUGAGGAUGGAGAUGAUACAGCUUCCUUGAGGUGGAAGGUUCAUGCGGCUAAAAUGCCGGACGAAGCUCUCAGAGUUUGCUUAAAAGAGCUCAAAAGACUGAAAAAGAUGUCCCAGUCCAUGCCUGAAUAUGCGCGAACUCGAAACUACUUGGACUUGAUGAUCGAGCUUCCCUGGAGCAACAACACCAAAGACAGCUUGGAUAUCCAAGCUGCCCGGACAUUGUUGGAUAAUGAUCACUACGCGAUGGAAAAGCUGAAGCGACGUGUGUUGGAGUACCUGGCUGUUAGGCAGCUGAAAGAUUCACUGAAGGACCCGAUCCUGUGCUUCGUGGGACCACCGGGAGUCGGUAAAACAAGUGUGGGGCGCUCUAUCGCCAAGUGUCUGCGCAGAGAGUUCCACUGCAUUGCUCUCGCCGGUGUAUGUGAUCAGUCGGACAUCCGAGGGCACAGACGUACUUAUGUAGGCAGCAUGCCGGGCCGCAUCAUCAAUGGUUUGAAGACGGUGGCCGUUAAUAAUCCAGUUUUCCUUCUGGACGAAGUGGACAAACUGGGGAUGAGCUGGCAAGGAGAUCCUGCAGCUGCACUGCUCGAGGUGCUUGACCCGGAGCAGAACCACAGCUUCACAGACCAUUAUCUCAACGUGACGUUUGACCUCUCUCAAGUGCUCUUCAUCGCUACUGCCAACACCACCGCCACCAUCCCGACCGCCCUGCUGGACAGGAUGGAGGUGGUGUGGGUGCCCGGCUACACACAGGAGGAGAAGUUGGAGAUAAGUAAUCGUCACCUGAUCCCUCACCAACUGGAGCACCACGGACUAUCACCUCAACAACUACGUAUACCACCAAAGACUACCAACGAUAUUAUAAACAGGUAUACGCGUGAGGCGGGAGUACGCUCACUGGAGAGAAAUAUUGGAGCCGUUUGCCGGGCUGUUGCUGUCAAGAUUGCUGAAGGUCAGUCAUUUCUUCAGUGUUGGAAUCCAUUUGGCCAUCACACACAGCAGAGAGUGAAGGCAGCCUCACCAAAGUUAGCGAUGCCGAUCGUGAUUAAAAACCGGGACCUGAAAGACAUCUUGGGAAUACCGUUCUGUGACCGAGAGGUUUCUGAGCGCCUGACCCUACCCGGUGUGGCUCUGGGCCUUGUCUGGACCUAUCUGGGUGGCGAGAUCUUGUUCGUGGAGGCCAGCCGAACGGAGGGCGAGGGUAAGCUGACUCUUACCGGUCAGCUGGGCAACGUCAUGAAAGAAUCGGCACAUCUGGCUAUCAGCUGGCUUAGAGCCAACUCCAAACACUACAAGCUCACUAACAUGACGGGGGGGUCAGACCCUAUGGAAGGGACAGACAUCCAUCUUCACUUUCCCACUGGAGCAGUGACCAAGAAUGGCCCCUCUGCUGGUGUUACGAUAGUUACCUGCCUGGCUUCUUUGUUCAGCGGGCGACUGGUCCGAUCGGAUGUUGCAAUGACAGGCGAAAUCACUCUGAGAGGCUCGGUUCUUCCGGUGGGCUGUAUCAAAGACAAGGUUCUGGCAGCGCACCGGGCGGGAGUCAAGCGUGUCAUCUUGCCCCGACGCAAUGAGAAGGACCUGGACGAGCUUCCUUUAAAGGUGCGGUACGACCUGGACUUUGUCACCGCCGACGACUUGGACCAGGUGCUGAAUGCUGCCUUUGACGGAGGCUUCCCCGGGAAAGAAAAAAAACAAGAGAAUGAUGGCAUCCUGCUCAAUGAGGAGAAACAAGUCCUGCGUGGAUGCUCGGAGGAAAGAGAUGGAAGAGGUAAGCAGUCAGACAUUCACCAUCUGGAGGACACCCAGGGUUCCGGGUUCCCAGUCGGAAGAGGGUGCUACGUAACCUCCGGAGAGAACGAGUCCAUCUGCCUGCUUAGAGUGUCUUGGGCGGUGGGCAAAACGUGA